UUAAUCACUGUGUUGUGUGUUGCUGGCCGCCGUUGGAACGUCGCGGGGAGAAGCGUCGCUUGCCGGAGAUAUCAUCAUACAACCGGCACCACACCAGAGUUCAUUGCUAGUUCGUUGCCCAUACGAUGAGACAAUCUCCGAGUAAGCCACCACUCACUCGUUGGCGGUGGACAGGUGGACACACAGACAGCGGAAAGACGCCGUCGGGCACGCUGGACGGGCAGUUCAAACAGCUGCGGGCCAUGGAGGAGGACGGCGGCGCGCCCCGGGCUUCGUCGCCGAGGCCGUCAACCUCUUCAUCCGCGAGCUCGCCGGCCUCAUGAAGCAGCCCGUGGUGGACGUCGACAAGGCGGACGCCCUGGUGCGUCAGCUCAAGGGGAGCUGCAUCAGCAUUGGUGCUAAGAAACUGAGCGUCUCCUGCACGCACUUCCGUCAGUUCUAUAAGGAAAAACCCAAAGGAUGCCUCUUUGUGCUGACUCUUUUGAGGAAUGAGUUUUAUGAUGUGCGCAACAAGUUCCAGACCAUGAUGCAUCUGGAGCAGCAGAUCGCAGCCUAUGGUCCUAAAUAGUAGCAAUUGGAAAAAAAAAGCACCCCAUGCGAUCCCUCCCAAGAUGGGGUGUAUUUAUCUCUGAAGAUGCAAACAAUGUUCAACAUGCAUGUGUCAGGCUUUCGGGUGGUUAUAAAAUAAAAUGAGGAAUCUUGCGUAGUAACUCUAGUCUAGCAACUCUUAAAAAAAAUUCGUCAGGUGUCUAUGUCUCUGUCAAGUCUAUAUGGGCUUCCCCGCCCAAUGCAAUUUGUAAACUCUUUACCUGGUUGGUUGGUUAAUGGUGUCUUCCUUUUGUCA